AACAUAACCUCAAAUAUUUUUCAAAACAAAUAGUUGCAUGUUUUGAGAAAAAUUGUUUUCAGUUUCAUUCUGCAUUUUUUAUUAGAAUAAUAAUGUGAAAAGUGUUUAAACAAGUCAAAAGAACUCUUAUUCGGAUUAAUUUAAUCAAAUCAAUAAGAGAUGAAACCAUACUUUGCAUAAAAAAUAGAAAAGAAAUUUUUCUAACCUAAAAAUGCAAUUCUUCCGAAGAUUCUCAAGUGAAAUCCUUUCAAGGAGUUUCAAUCCUGCUGCCUAUUCCAGCUUUAGAUUGCAUUCAUCGGUAGCUGGUGGAUGUCCCAAUGAGGUGGAAAAUGUAGAAAAGCUCGAGGAGGAUUUAUUUGGACGAGAAGUAGGGCGAGAUUGGGUGGAAAAGUCAACAAAACGUUUCAGGAGCUACAAGCAUGCUCAGAAAAAAGCAAAACCAGAUGAGAAAUCACCAAAAAUUGAAUUAAAAACUGAUAAAAAGACAAAUUUAUCUUAUCGGGAUCUUGCCUAUCGCGAUCCAACCAUUCGAGAUGCAAUGAUGCUGCUUCGUUCGGGGAAGAAGCAGAAAAAUGAGGGACUUUUGCUGGUGGAAGGACGUCGAUUGAUUGAGGAAGCUCUCAAAGCCAAUAUUCAGAUGGAAAAACUCUUCUUUAGCCGUCCUGAAGAAUUGGAGGAAUUGCUGGAGCCCCUUAAAAGAGCCUCGAAAGCUGAACUCUUCCGCAUAACGUACAGGGAUUUGCAACUAUGGUCCCAGUUGACUACAUCUCCGGGGCUUUUGGCAAUUUUCCAGCGUCCCAAGAAUGUUGUAUCCAAGGCGCAAAAUAUCCUCCCUAUAAGUGUUAUCUGUGACAACAUCCGGGAACCCAAUAAUCUGGGCAGCGCCAUCAGAAUUUGCGCAGCAUUGCCAUGCAGAGAGGUGAUUGUUAUGAAAGGAUGUACAGAUCCUUUUGACGCGAAGAGUCUUCGUGGUGGAGCUGGUGCACAAUUCCAGAUCCCAAUAAGGUAUCCAGUUAACUGGGAAGAUUUACCAGAUAUCCUACCUCCAGAGAAUUCUGUCUUCAUUUCCGAGAGCAGCGUUAAGAAAGCAACAACCAAUGCACAUCCACCACUAGAUGUGGCUGAAUUUUCACUCCCUAACCUGGGAACUGAUCACCAUUUUUCCGUGGUAAUCGGAGGAGAAACUCACGGUGUAUCACCUGAGGCGUACAAAUUGUUGAGAUUGUACGAAAGCAGCUCUUGUCUUCACAUCCCCAUCUCUGAGGCUGUUGAGAGUCUCAAUACAGCUUCAGCUCUGGCGGUUAUCCUUUUUGAGCUACGUAGAAAAAUCAUUGUGCAAAGAAAAGCUGAAAAUUCUGUAGAAUCCAGUGAUGAGGAAUAAAAAUAUUUUUUUUUGUAGAGAA